UCGUACAUCAAUGUGUAUGGCGCAUGUCCGCUUUCUGGGCGCAGUUUCAUCUUUCGUGACGACCACUAUCAUCACUGUUGUUGGUGUUGAUAGACACUAAUUGAUAGGUCUUGUCAUUCAUCGCUUUCCAAGGAGCGAGUACGCACUCAUUUGUUAGAUUGUUUUCUGCUAUCAUACAGAUAGCGUAUAGCGUUACCGUAUAGGUUUCACUAUGGUAGACAGCAUAUACCGAACACGGUCGCUCGGUGUUGCGUCAGAAGGUCUUCCCGAUCAGUAUGCAGAUGGAAAGGCGGCCCGCGUGUGGGAAUUCUACAUAGGUCAAAAGACGUCACGGACGGAAAAUUAUAAAAAUUUCCUCUGCUCAUCUCUAAGAGACAAGGGCUGUAAGGAUAUUCUCGAUGUUGCGUGUGGCACUGGUGUGGAUUCCAUACUCUUGUUGGAAGAGGGAUUUCACGUCAAAAGUGUUGAUGCCAGUGACAAAAUGCUCAAGUAUGCACUUCGGGAGCGGUGGCGACGGAGACAGGAACCAGCAUUUGAUAACUGGGAAAUUGAAGAAGCCAACUGGUUAACACUUUGUGAUGACAUAAACAAACCACGUGGUCAGGAUGGCUAUGAUGCUGUGAUAUGCUUAGGAAAUUCUUUUGCCCAUCUUUUGGACUUUGAUGGGGACCUUGCAAACCACAAGCUAGCUAUAACUAACAUGGCUAACUUGUUGAAGCCUGGUGGGGUUCUCAUGAUUGACCACCGAAACUACGAUUACAUCCUCGACUCAGGCAAAUCUCCAGCUAAGAAUAUUUAUUACAAUAGCCAGUAUACGAGUGACAUCAGCACCUCCCUGCUUUAUGUCAACGGCAAGCCUAACAUAGUGACAUUGGACUACACGAUGGACCUGAGUGAGCUGAUAAAGCAGCAGGAGCAGGAUGAGAACUGGUUCACCGCUAAUUAUUCUCUCCUCAAGAACAAGCGGUUUGAAGGACCACCCGUCAACCGCUUUCGUCUGUCCUACUACCCACAUAGACUCGACGCAUUCAAACAGCUCCUGUCUGACUCGUUUGAUGGCAAGUGCCAUCAGACGGUGUUUGGGGACUUCCAGCCACUCGACUCAUUCACCUACAAGGGUGAUGACGCACCAGCCUUCUACAUCCACAUAGUCCAGAAGAUGUUGUAGUAAGUCAGAUGAGCAAGUGUCCGCAGAGUUUGGUGCAGUAAUGGAGUGGGCGUUAAAGCCCAGGGACUGGGCUAAAAUUUCUCCUUCGGCAACCGGCGCCCAGUUGUGAUAAACUUAUUCGUGUCCAACAACAGUAGAGGGCGUCCAUAGGCGGCAUGCCUGAAUAAGCAUCGAACUGAAAUUAAUUAAAAAUACUCACACU